AUGAAUGAUACAUAUAUACCCAACAAAAACACAAGCAAAAAAUGGUAUUUAAUAGAUGCAAGCGAUCAAACAUUAGGCAGAUUAAGUACUAAAAUAGCUAGUAUUUUACAAGGAAAGAAUAAUAUAGACUAUACACCUUUUCUGAAUACACAAUCUUAUAUAAUUAUCAUAAAUGCACAAAGCAUAACAGUAACUGGACAAAAAAAAUAUAAAAAACUUUAUAAAAGACAUUCUGGACAACCAGGAGGUUUGAAAAUAGAAACUUUUGAACAAUUAAAUCAAAGAAUGCCCAAUAAAAUAAUUGAAAAAGCCGUCAAAGGAAUGCUUCCAAAAGGUCCUUUAGGUAGAAAACUUUUUACACAAUUAAAAGUUUAUGCAAACAAUAAUCAUCCUCAUGAAGCACAACAACCUGAAGAUAUUACACUAAAAUAA